AUGCCUCCAAUAAUUCCUCCAAUGAUGCCAUCUUCCGCAAUGAACCCAGGAGACCCUGAGGGAUUCACAUCCGCUGACUGGGAUGACAAAACCGUUCGACAUGCUUUUAUCCGAAAAGUGUACCUCAUACUGGCAGCCCAGCUCCUUGUCACAGUUGCAUUUGUUGCUGUCUUUACGUUUUGUAUUCCAGUUCGUCAGUUUGUUGUCAACAAUUCAGCUUUAUACUGGGUAUCCUACGCGGUUUUCAUGGUGACAUAUCUUGUCCUGGCUUGCUGUAAGGGACCCAGGAGACGCUUCCCUUGGAAUAUAAUCCUGCUGGUUGUGUUUACACUUGCUUUGUCUUACAUGACUGGAACAAUUUCAAGUUACUACAACACAAAAGCCGUGUUUCUUGCUCUUGGAAUAACUGCGAUUGUUUGCAUCAUCGUCACUGUGUUCUGUUUCCAGACAAAGGUUGAUUUCACUUCCUGCGGAGGCCUGUUCUGUGUGCUGGGGAUUGUUGUCUUCGUUACAGGGAUCAUCACCACAAUCGUGCUUUCCUAUAAAUAUAUUCCAUGGCUACACAUGCUGUAUGCAGCGAUCGGAGCAAUCGCCUACACCUUGUUCUUAGCCUACCACACCCAGCUCCUCAUAGGGAACCGAAAGCACUCCAUCAGCCCUGAGGAGUACGUGUUCGGGGCUCUGUCACUCUACAUCGACAUCGUCCAGAUCUUCCUGUUCCUGCUGCAGCUGAUCGGGUCCUCGCGAUGAGAACAGCAGGCCCAUCCAGCUGUGGGCUGCAACGCAGCCAUAACAAAGCAGACGUGUUUACUUUUGCUAGAUGUAUACCUAAGCUGUUUUUCUAAAUCGCCUGUUCAAAGGUCAUCUGGUAAUUUACAUUUAUACCAAGUGUGAAUUUGUAUAGGUUAAUAUUGGUUAUUAGAACUUUGUAGAUAUUCUAUUCAAUUAUAACUUAAAAUGUCAUUUUAUAGUUAUUUUUUCAGAAGAAUUAUGCUAGGUCUGUUGUUUUUUCCGUUGAGAUUUGUUAGUCAAUUUACUGCAGCAUUAUGUUACAUAAAAUAGAAUGUUUGCAUUUUGAUUUGAUGCCAUCUUUUGAAUGCUUAUUUUAAUUGGACAUCUAAUGUGGUUGAAAGGUCAGGGGUCUUUUCUAUAAAAAUUGAUCACAUUUGCUCUUAAAAGGGAAUUUAACAAAAGAAGCCAACAAUGAUGGCUAAAUUUAAACAGCAGUGGAAGAGUUAUUUUGUUAUACGAGGUAUAAAUGCACCACAGAGUUUACAUACUACAAUUGCUUCUAUAUAGAGGGGUACUCAAUAAAUAUUUUACCCGAGUUUAGUAUUAAGACAUACUGUACAUUAUGUUUAUCCAGUAUUUUUAGUAGGGGCUAAUAAUUAAGGUUUGAUUUUGGUGUUUUACUGUUUGUGCUUCUGUUCUACAUGCUAUGUGUUGAUCUCAUCCAUAUAAAAUGCAUUUAAGAAAACCAUCUAUAUGUUUUAUAUUUUAUGUGCUACUGAAGCUUUACUGUCUUGUAUUCAUGUUUUUGUUCUUAGCUUGUCCUAAUUAAAAUAGAAACAAUUAUAUAUAAGAAAUCGUAAUGAAUUCUUAAACCCUAUCAUUUUAAUAAAUAUUUGUAAAAAUGCA